UGUUUCCUUAAUUCACGCUCCAAAUCCACUUCACUCUCCUUACUCACAAAACAACAACCACUGUUACCUGCGGCACAACAACAACAUGACUCUCUCUUCACUCAGUUUCACCGUUUCUAACACCACAACAACAAAAACAUGGAACACAAACACACCAAAAUCCAACAACACUGUUCCAUCUCUCAACACUUUCUCUUCCAUCACUCUCAACAACAACUCCAUCAACAAAACACACCUUUUCAGAAUCCACUGCAUCAAACCAGAAUCUAUCGCUCCGUUGGAGCCUCUCAAAUCCGAUCAACCUGAUAUCGGCGGCGGAGGUGACGACGGCGACAAUUUCGGCGGAGGAAGAGGCGGAGAUGACGGAGAUGGCGGAGAAGGAGAAGAAGGAGAUGAAGAGUUUGGACCUUUGUUGAAUUUCGAAGCUGUUAUGAAAGAAGUUGAAGCUCGUGGCGUUACGUUACCUUCUGAUAUGGAAGAAGCGGCGAGGAUCACUGGCAUUCGUGAAAUGUUUCUUCUUCGUUACUUGGAAUUACAAGGUUCUUCUGGGCCAGUGUCUUUUCUGAUGAAGCAUUGUUCUAUGUUGAGAAAUCGAAUGUUAGCAGACCCUUCUUUUCUCUUUAAAGUUGGAACUGAGAUUGUUAUAGACUCUUGUUGUGCGACAUUUGCGGAGGUUCAGAAAAGAGGCAAGGAUUUCUGGGCUGAGUUUGAGUUGUAUGCUGCUGAUCUUCUUGUCGGUGUGGUUGUUGACAUUGCUUUGGUGGGUAUGUUGGCACCUUAUGCACGAAUUGGCAAGCCUUCUUUGUCAAAAGGUUUACUCGGACGCGUUCAGCAUGCUUGUGCUGCUCUCCCUAGCAGUGUUUUUGAAGCUGAAAGACCUGGAUGCAAAUUCUCUGCAAUGCAGCGCGUUGCCACGUACUUCUACAAGGGUGCGUUGUACGGAUCUGUUGGCUUUGGAUGUGGUAUUGUUGGUCAAGGAAUCGCAAAUAUGAUCAUGAAUGCCAAAAGGAGCAUCAGUAAAUCUGAAGAUGACAUACCGAUUCCUCCUCUUCUGCAAAGUGCAGCUCUUUGGGGUUUCUUCCUCGCCGUGUCAUCCAACACACGGUAUCAAAUUAUCAACGGACUGGAAAGCCUCGUCGAAAAAUCUCCAGUGGCAAAGAAGGUUCCACUUGUUGCAAUGGCGUUCACCGUUGGUGUGCGAUUCGGCAACAACAUCUAUGGUGGUAUGCAGUUCAUAGACUGGGCCAAGUUGAGCGGCGUACAAUAACUUGCCUUGGCCUUGUUCACCCUUCCCAUUUACGCCUUUUUGAAAGUUAUAUCGAAAUUUGGUUUAGCUCAAUCUUGUCCAAGUGGAAGAUUCUUACACAAGAAAUGAAGCUCCAAUCAUUAUUUUUCCAUCUGUUGGGAAGCUUCUAUUAGGAUUAGAAUAGGACCAUAGCCCUUCCCUAAGGUAUUGUUUCAUGUUAUGUAACUUAUCUAUAUAAGAUUCUAUUUUCUUUUUGGUUCCUUUGAUUCCUAAGUUAAGUCACAUAAGAUAAGAGAAGCUGUUUUGGCACUUUAUGUAGCAUUUAAUCUCUUAUAUGAUUAUUAUUGAAGUUCAUUUAUCAAA